GCCCGCGCCGACUGUGCUGCACAGGGGGAGGAGAGGGAACCCCAGGCGCGAGCGGGGAGAGGGGACCUGCAGCCACAACUUCUCUGGUCCUCUGCAUCCCCUCUGUCCCUCCACCCGUCCCCUUCCCCACCCUGUAGCCCCCAACUUCUUGGAGCCGUCAGUCCCCGGGAGGCAUUGGAAGGGAUUUUUCCCGCAGGUUGCGAAGGGAAGCAAACUCGGUGGCAACUUGCCUCCCGGUGAGGGCGUCUCUUCCCCACCGUCUCAACAUGCUCAGGGGUCCAGGGCCCGGGCUGCUGCUGCUGGCCGUCUUGUGCCUGGGGACAGCGGUGCCCUCCACGGGAGCCUCGAAGAGCAAGAGGCAGGCUCAGCAAAUGGUUCAGCCCCAGUCCCCGGUGGCUGUCAGUCAAAGCAAGCCCGGUUGUUAUGACAAUGGAAAACACUAUCAGAUAAAUCAACAGUGGGAGCGGACCUACCUGGGCAAUGCCUUGGUUUGUACUUGUUAUGGAGGAAGCCGAGGUUUUAACUGCGAGAGUAAACCUGAAGCUGAAGAGACUUGCUUUGACAAGUACACUGGGAACACUUACCGAGUGGGUGACACUUAUGAGCGUCCUAAAGACUCCAUGAUCUGGGACUGUACCUGCAUUGGGGCUGGGCGAGGGAGAAUAAGCUGCACCAUAGCAAACCGCUGCCAUGAAGGGGGUCAGUCCUACAAGAUUGGUGACACCUGGAGGAGACCACAUGAGACUGGUGGUUACAUGUUAGAGUGUGUGUGUCUUGGUAAUGGAAAAGGAGAAUGGACCUGCAAGCCCAUAGCUGAGAAAUGUUUUGAUCAUGCUGCUGGGACUUCCUAUGUGGUCGGAGAAACCUGGGAGAAGCCCUACCAAGGCUGGAUGAUGGUAGAUUGUACUUGCCUGGGAGAAGGCAGCGGACGCAUCACUUGCACCUCUAGAAAUAGAUGCAAUGAUCAGGACACGAGGACGUCCUAUAGAAUUGGAGACACCUGGAGCAAGAAGGAUAAUCGAGGAAACCUGCUCCAGUGCAUCUGCACAGGCAACGGCCGAGGAGAGUGGAAGUGUGAGAGGCACACCACUGUGCAGACCACAUCGAGCGGAUCUGGCCCCUUCACCGAUGUUCGUGCAGCUGUUUACCAACCGCAGCCUCACCCCCAGCCUGCCCCCUAUGGCCACUGUGUCACAGACAGUGGUGUGGUCUACUCUGUGGGGAUGCAGUGGCUGAAGACACAAGGAAAUAAGCAAAUGCUUUGCACGUGCCUGGGCAACGGAGUCAGCUGCCAAGAGACAGCUGUAACCCAGACUUAUGGUGGCAACUCAAAUGGAGAGCCAUGUGUCUUACCAUUCACCUACAACGGCAGGACGUUCUACUCCUGCACCACAGAAGGGCGACAGGACGGACAUCUUUGGUGCAGCACAACUUCGAAUUAUGAGCAGGACCAGAAAUAUUCUUUCUGCACAGACCAUACUGUUUUGGUUCAGACUCGAGGAGGAAAUUCCAAUGGUGCCUUGUGCCACUUCCCCUUCCUGUACAACAACCACAAUUACACUGAUUGCACUUCUGAGGGCAGGAGAGACAACAUGAAGUGGUGUGGGACCACACAGAACUAUGAUGCCGACCAGAAGUUUGGAUUCUGCCCCAUGGCUGCCCAUGAGGAAAUCUGCACAACCAAUGAAGGGGUCAUGUACCGCAUUGGAGAUCAGUGGGAUAAGCAGCAUGACAUGGGCCACAUGAUGAGGUGCACGUGUGUUGGGAAUGGUCGUGGGGAAUGGACAUGCAUUGCCUACUCGCAGCUUCGAGAUCAGUGCAUUGUUGAUGACAUCACUUACAAUGUGAAUGACACAUUCCACAAGCGUCAUGAAGAGGGACACAUGCUGAACUGUACAUGCUUCGGUCAGGGUCGGGGCAGAUGGAAGUGUGAUCCCGUCGACCAAUGCCAGGAUUCAGAGACUGGGACAUUUUAUCAAAUUGGAGAUUCAUGGGAGAAGUAUGUGCAUGGUGUCAGAUACCAGUGCUACUGCUAUGGCCGUGGCAUUGGGGAGUGGCAUUGCCAACCUUUACAGACCUAUCCAAGCUCAAGUGGUCCUGUCGAAGUAUUUAUCACUGAGACUCCGAGUCAACCCAACUCUCACCCCAUCCAGUGGAAUGCACCACAGCCAUCUCACAUUUCCAAGUACAUUCUCAGGUGGAGGCCUAAAAAUUCUGUAGGCCGUUGGAAGGAAGCUACCAUACCAGGCCACUUAAACUCCUACACCAUCAAAGGCCUGAAGCCUGGUGUGGUAUACGAGGGCCAGCUCAUCAGCAUCCAGCAGUACGGCCACCGAGAAGUGACUCGCUUUGACUUCACCACCACCAGCACCAGCACACCUGUGACCAGCAACACCGUGACAGGAGAGACAACUCCCUUUUCUCCCCUUGUGGCCACUUCUGAAUCUGUCACUGAAAUCACAGCCAGCAGCUUUGUGGUCUCCUGGGUCUCAGCUUCUGACACCGUCUCGGGAUUCCGGGUGGAAUAUGAGCUGAGUGAGGAGGGAGAUGAGCCACAGUAUCUGGAUCUUCCAAGCACAGCCACUUCCGUGAACAUCCCUGACCUGCUUCCUGGACGAAAAUACAUUGUAAAUGUCUAUCAGAUAUCUGAGGAUGGGGAGCAGAGUUUGAUCCUGUCUACUUCACAAACAACAGCACCCGAUGCCCCUCCUGACCCAACUGUGGACCAAGUUGAUGACACCUCAAUUGUUGUUCGCUGGAGCAGACCCCAGGCUCCCAUCACAGGGUACAGAAUAGUCUAUUCACCAUCAGUAGAAGGCAGCAGCACAGAACUCAACCUUCCUGAAACUGCAAACUCCGUCACCCUCAGUGACUUGCAACCUGGCGUUCAGUAUAAUAUCACUAUCUAUGCUGUGGAAGAAAAUCAAGAAAGUACACCUGUUGUCAUUCAACAAGAAACCACUGGCACCCCACGUUCAGAUACAGUGCCCUCUCCCAGGGAUCUGCAGUUUGUGGAAGUGACAGACGUGAAGGUCACCAUCAUGUGGACACCGCCUGAGAGUGCGGUGACCGGCUACCGCGUGGAUGUGAUCCCCGUCAACCUGCCUGGGGAGCACGGGCAGAGGCUGCCCACCAGCAGGAACACCUUCGCAGAAGUCACCGGGUUGUCCCCUGGGGUCACCUAUUACUUCAAAGUCUUUGCCGUGAACCACGGGAGGGAGAGCAAGCCUCUGACUGCCGAACAGACAACCAAACUGGACGCUCCCACUAACCUCCAGUUUGUCAAUGAAACGGAUUCUACUGUCCUGGUGAGAUGGACUCCACCUCGGGCCCAGAUAACAGGAUACCGACUGACUGUGGGCCUGACCCGAAGAGGCCAGCCCAGGCAGUACAAUGUGGGUCCCUCUGUCUCGAAGUACCCACUGAGGAAUCUGCAGCCUGGAUCUGAGUACACCGUAUCCCUCGUGGCCAUAAAGGGCAACCAAGAGAGCCCCAAAGCCACUGGAGUCUUUACCACACUGCAGCCUGGGAGCUCCAUUCCACCUUACAACACCGAGGUGACAGAGACCACCAUUGUGAUCACAUGGACACCUGCUCCAAGAAUUGGUUUUAAGCUGGGUGUACGACCAAGCCAGGGAGGAGAGGCACCACGAGAAGUGACUUCAGAUUCAGGAAGCAUCGUUGUGUCUGGCUUGACUCCAGGAGUGGAAUAUGUCUACACCAUCCAAGUCCUGAGAGACGGACAGGAAAGAGAUGCGCCAAUUGUAAACAAAGUGGUGACAUCAUUGUCUCCACCAACAAACUUGCAUCUGGAGACAAACCCUGACACUGGAGUGCUCACAGUCUCCUGGGAGCGGAGUACCACCCCAGACAUUACUGGUUAUAGAAUUACCACAACCCCUACAAACGGCCAGCAGGGAUAUUCUUUGGAAGAAGUGGUCCAUGCUGAUCAGAGCUCCUGCACUUUUGAUAACCUGAGUCCCGGUCUGGAGUACAAUGUCAGUGUUUACACUGUCAAGGAUGACAAGGAAAGUGUCCCUAUCUCUGAUACCAUCAUCCCAGCUGUCCCUCCUCCCACUGACCUGCGAUUCACCAACAUUGGUCCAGACACCAUGCGUGUCACCUGGGCUCCACCCCCAUCCAUUGAUUUGACCAACUUCCUGGUGCGUUACUCACCUGUGAAAAAUGAGGAAGAUGUUGCAGAGUUGUCAAUUUCUCCUUCAGACAAUGCAGUGGUCUUAACAAAUCUACUGCCUGGUACAGAAUAUGUAGUGAGUGUCUCCAGUGUCUACGAACAACACGAGAGCACACCUCUUAGAGGAAGACAGAAAACAGGUCUUGAUUCCCCAACUGGCAUUGACUUUUCUGAUAUUACCGCCAACUCUUUUACUGUGCACUGGAUUGCUCCUCGAGCCACCAUCACUGGCUACAGGAUCCGCCAUCACCCCGAGCACUAUAGCGGGAGACCUCGAGAAGAUCGGGUGCCCCCCUCUCGGAAUUCCAUCACCCUCACCAACCUCACUCCAGGCACAGAAUAUGUGGUCAGCAUCGUUGCUCUUAAUGGCAGAGAGGAAAGUCCCUUACUGAUUGGCCAACAAUCAACAGUUUCUGAUGUUCCAAGGGACCUAGAAGUUGUUGCUGCGACCCCCACCAGCUUGCUGAUCAGCUGGGAUGCUCCUGCUGUCACCGUGAGAUAUUACAGGAUCACUUAUGGAGAAACAGGAGGAAAUAGCCCUGUCCAGGAGUUCACUGUGCCUGGGAGCAAGUCUACAGCUACCAUCAGUGGCCUUAAACCUGGAGUCGAUUAUACCAUCACUGUGUAUGCUGUCACUGGCCGUGGAGACAGCCCCGCAAGCAGCAAGCCAAUUUCCAUUAAUUACCGAACAGAAAUUGACAAACCAUCACAGAUGCAAGUGACCGAUGUUCAGGACAACAGCAUUAGUGUCAAGUGGCUGCCUUCAAGUUCCCCUGUUACUGGUUACAGAGUAACCACCACUCCCAAAAAUGGACCAGGACCAACAAAAACUAAAACUGCAGGUCCAGAUCAAACAGAAAUGACUAUUGAAGGUUUGCAGCCCACAGUGGAGUAUGUGGUUAGUGUCUAUGCUCAGAAUCCAAGCGGAGAGAGUCAGCCUCUGGUUCAGACUGCAGUAACCAACAUUGAUCGCCCUAAAGGACUGGCAUUCACUGAUGUGGAUGUCGAUUCCAUCAAAAUUGCUUGGGAAAGCCCACAGGGGCAAGUUUCCAGGUACAGGGUGACCUACUCGAGCCCUGAGGAUGGAAUCCAUGAGCUAUUCCCUGCACCUGAUGGUGAAGAAGACACUGCAGAGCUGCAAGGCCUCAGACCGGGUUCUGAGUACACAGUCAGUGUGGUUGCCUUGCACGAUGAUAUGGAGAGCCAGCCCCUGAUUGGAACCCAGUCCACAGCCAUUCCUGCACCAACUGACCUGAAGUUCACUCAGGUCACACCAACGAGCCUGAGCGCCCAGUGGACACCACCCAAUGUUCAGCUCACUGGAUAUCGAGUGCGGGUGACCCCCAAGGAGAAGACCGGACCAAUGAAAGAAAUCAACCUUGCUCCUGACAGCUCAUCCGUGGUUGUAUCAGGACUUAUGGUGGCCACCAAAUAUGAAGUGAGUGUCUAUGCUCUUAAGGACACUUUGACAAGCAGACCAGCUCAGGGAGUUGUCACCACUCUAGAGAAUGUCAGCCCACCAAGAAGGGCUCGUGUGACAGAUGCUACUGAGACCACCAUCACCAUUAGCUGGAGAACCAAGACCGAGACCAUCACUGGCUUCCAAGUUGAUGCUGUUCCAGCCAACGGCCAGACUCCAAUCCAGAGAACCAUCAAGCCAGAUGUCAGAAGCUACACCAUCACAGGUUUACAACCAGGCACUGACUACAAGAUCUACCUGUACACCUUGAACGACAAUGCCCGGAGCUCCCCUGUGGUCAUCGACGCCUCCACUGCCAUUGACGCACCAUCCAACCUGCGUUUCCUGGCCACCACACCCAAUUCCUUGCUGGUAUCGUGGCAGCCGCCACGUGCCAGGAUCACCGGCUACAUCAUCAAGUAUGAGAAGCCUGGGUCUUCUCCCAGAGAAGUGGUCCCUCGGCCCCGCCCUGGUGUCACAGAGGCUACUAUUACUGGCCUGGAACCGGGAACCGAAUAUACAAUUUAUGUCAUUGCCCUGAAGAAUAAUCAGAAGAGCGAGCCCCUGAUUGGAAGGAAAAAGACAGACGAGCUUCCCCAACUGGUAACCCUUCCACACCCCAAUCUUCAUGGACCAGAGAUCUUGGAUGUUCCUUCCACAGUUCAAAAGACCCCUUUCAUCACCCACCCUGGGUAUGACACUGGAAACGGUAUUCAGCUUCCUGGCACUUCUGGUCAGCAACCCACUGUUGGGCAACAAAUGAUCUUUGAGGAACAUGGUUUUAGGCGGACCACACCUCCCACAACAGCCACCCCCAUAAGGCAUAGGCCAAGACCAUACCCGCCGAAUGUAGGUGAGGAGAUUCAAAUUGGUCACAUCCCCAGGGAAGAUGUAGACUAUCACCUCUACCCACAUGGGCCGGGACUCAAUCCAAAUGCCUCUGCAGGACAAGAAGCUCUCUCUCAGACAACCAUCUCAUGGGCCCCAUUCCAGGACACUUCUGAGUACAUCAUUUCAUGUCAUCCUGUUGGCACUGAUGAAGAGCCCUUACAGUUUAGGGUUCCUGGAACUUCUACCAGUGCUACUCUGACAGGCCUCACCAGAGGUGCCACCUACAACAUCAUAGUGGAGGCACUGAAAGACCAGCAGAGGCAUAAGGUUCGGGAAGAGGUUGUUACCGUGGGCAACUCUGUCAAUGAAGGCUUGAACCAACCUACGGAUGACUCAUGCUUUGACCCCUACACGGUUUCCCAUUACGCCGUUGGAGAUGAGUGGGAACGAAUGUCUGAAUCAGGCUUUAAACUGUUGUGCCACUGCUUAGGCUUUGGAAGUGGUCAUUUCAGAUGUGAUUCAUCUAGAUGGUGCCACGACAAUGGUGUGAACUACAAGAUUGGAGAGAAGUGGGACCGUCAGGGAGAAAAUGGCCAGAUGAUGAGCUGCACGUGUCUUGGGAACGGAAAAGGAGAAUUCAAGUGUGACCCUCAUGAGGCAACGUGUUAUGAUGAUGGGAAGACGUACCACGUAGGAGAACAGUGGCAGAAGGAAUAUCUUGGUGCCAUUUGCUCCUGCACAUGCUUUGGAGGCCAGCGGGGCUGGCGCUGUGACAACUGCCGCAGACCUGGGGGUGAACCCAGUCCCGAAGGCACUACUGGUCAGUCCUACAACCAGUAUUCUCAGAGAUACCAUCAGAGAACAAACACUAAUGUUAAUUGCCCAAUUGAGUGCUUCAUGCCUUUAGACGUACAGGCUGACAGAGAAGAUUCCCGAGAGUAAAUCUUUCCAACCCAGAGGAACAAGCAUGUCUCUCUGCCAAGAUCCAUCUAAACUGGAGUGAUGUUAGCAGACCCAUCUUAGAGUUCUUGUUUCUUUCUUAAGCCCUUUGCUCUGGAGGAAGUGCUCCAGCUUCAGCUCAACUCACAGCUUCUCCAAGCAUCACCCUGGGAGUGUCCUGAGAGUUUUCUCGUAAAUGCGGGCUGCACAUUGCCUGUUCUGCUUCAAAGUAUUCAAUACCUCUCAGUAUUUUAAAUGAAGUGAUUCUAACUUGUGAUUUGGUUUGGGAUCAAUAGGAAAGCAUAUGCAGCCAACCAAGAUGCAACAUGUAUUGAAAUGAUACGACCAAAAUUUUAAGUAGGAAAGUCACCCAAACACUUCUGCUUUCACUUAAGUGUCUGGCCUGCGAUACUGUAGGAACAAGCAUGACCUUGUUACUGUGAUAUUUUAAAUAUCCACAGUACUCACUUUUUCCAAAUGAUCCUAGUAAUUGCCUAGAAAUAUCUUUCUCUUACCUGUUAUUUAUCAAUUUUUCCCAGUAUUUUUAUACGGAAAAAAUUGUAUUGAAAACACUUAGUAUGCAGUUGAUAAGAGGAAUUUGGUAUAACUAUGGUUGGUGAUUAUUUUUUAUACUGUAUGUGCCAAAGCUUUACUACUGUGGAAAGACAACUGUUUUAAUAAAAGAUUUACAUUCCACAA